ACACCUGCUGCAGUUUUAAUAACUUAGUCUGUUUGUUAAUACGUUAGUUGACACGUUUUUAUACAAAUAUGUCAAAAUCGAAUAAAGAUGAACCCGAACAUCUACAAGACAAGCCAAUUGACCUGGACAGCGUCCUUGUUAACGAACUCGGUCAAUUUGGUAGAUUUCAAUUCAAGAACAUACUGCUUGUAUCAAUUCCUAUUCUUAUGUCUGGAUUUAUGAGCGAAUACAUUUUUUCGGCUGCUGCUAUUCCACACAGAUGUCAAAUAAGAGAAUGCGAUGAGAAUAGUAGCAAUGUUGUUUUCGAGCCGGAAUGGAUAUCAAACGCGAUUCCCGAGACUAGUUCAGGAUGGUCGAGCUGCGAGCGGUUUGCCCCUACAGGGAUCAACGGCUCUCUCGACUUCUGCCCCAGUGAUGUGUUCAACAGAGACAUUGUCGUCGCCUGCGAUAGCUUUGUCUAUGAAAGGGAUAACUCAGUUGUCUAUGAUUUCGACCUAGGCUGCCAGGAGUGGAUGCGUGCGCUGGCUGGCACACUAAGCAGCGUUGGUACACUCCUCGUACUGCCGAUCACCGGCUACUUCUCGGAUCGCUACGGCCGUCGACUAGCGCUUGUCGUCAGCGUCUUCAAUGUCGCACUCUUCGGUCUCAUCAGAGCUUUUUCCGUCAACUACGUCAUGUACUUAGUACUGCAGCUGCUGCAGACAACCUUAGGGGCUGGCACUUUCAGUUCUGCUUACAUCUUUGGCGCUGAAUUGGUUGGGCCAAAGUAUCGAGUACUGAUCGGUGCGUUCACAACGUCUAUGUUCGCGGUGGGUCUGAUGGUGAUAGGCGCAGUAUCCUGGGCGAUCCACUCCUGGCGGCACAUGAUCCUGGCCCUACACGUGCCAUGCUUCCUUAUCAUAUCAUACUACUGGUUCCUGGGAGAGAGCGUAAGAUGGCUGAUCUCCAAACAGAAGUUUACAGAAGCAAGAGCCGCUUUAGAAGAAGUCGCAAAAGUGAACAGAACACAAAUUAGUGAAAAAUCUAUGGAAGCGUUACUUACUCCACCACCAGCUCAGGCAACUUCGACUUCGGACGGUCCAGGAUUGAUCGGAUACAUCUUCAGUUCCCGCGUGCUCUUGCGUCGCGUUUGCACCACGCCUAUCUGGUGGAUCACCACCACGCUGGUCUACUACGGUCUCUCCAUCAACUCCACCAGCUUAUCUGGUUCCAUGUACCUUAACUUUAUCCUGACCUGUGCCAUCGAAAUACCCGGAAACUUCGCUGCUGUUCUGAUUCUCGAUAGGGUAGGAAGAAAACCUACUUUGUCGGUAGGGUACUUCCUAAGUGCUGCAUGUAACUUCACUUUUGCUUUCCUUCCCAGUGACCUUAACGUUCUGCGGUUAGUUAUAUACCUUCUAGGAAAGUUCGGAAUCUCUGUGGUGAUGACGUCACUCUACGUGUACACAUCGGAGCUGUAUCCGACAGAGUUCCGUCACAGUCUCCUUGCUUUCUCCUCCAUGAUUGGCAGGGUAGGGUCUAUCUGCGCACCGCUCACGCCUGCUUUGAUGGUGUACUGGGCGGGUAUACCUUCAGUGAUGUUCGGAGCUAUGGGUCUACUGGCAGGUCUCCUGGUAUUGACGCAGCCUGAGACACUUGGCACCAAGAUGCCAGACACGCUGGCGGAGGCGGAAGCGCUUGGGACACCGGAAUCCAAAUUGUCGAAGUAGCAUGUCGAGUCUAUAUCAAGUAUAUACUACUUGUUAGUGAUUUAGUUAAGGACGUUAAAGUUUGACGAAAGUAUGCAGGUGUUUACUGAAAAGUAAAGGAACUUUUGUAGAAACAAAAGAAUUGUUUCAGGUAUUAAUGAUCUAGUUAUAUAUUAAGGACUUUUACAUAAAUAAAGUUUUGACAAACACUAGACGAAAAAUCUGGUAAAUAAGUUCUUAAAUAUUGUAGGAAUAGAAAUAAUAUUGUGAUUAUUUAA